AUGUCUCCUGCCGACGGCAGACGAACAGUUUCAUCUGAUUAUGGCCAUCCACGACCAUCAAUGGCCAACAUCGAAGCGGAUCGCAACUUCGAGACAACAACUCUGAACUCCGCUCAACCACGAUCAUGGCAUACCGAGUUUGUCUUCGUCUCCAGAAAAUUGGUUCAGCAAAUUCUUGGUAAAAAUCCAUUCAAGAGUUCAUAUCUGGAUCUGUUCAAACUUGUCAACGAUGCGAAGGCGAAGGCCGUUCUUUGGACUGGCAUACUGUUGGCGAUAGCUGCUGGUUGUCCAUUACCCAUCAUUGGCUACAUCUUCGGCCAGAUCAUCACUUCUUUCCCUCCUCCGGAAGAUGUACUGCGAGAGAGACUAUAUCAGCUUGUCGGCGUCGCUUGUGGCUACUUCAUCGUUACGACUGGAUAUGCGAUUGCAUGGGGAUUGACUGGUGAAAAGAUCUCACGUCGCUUCAGGGAAACGCUCGUCGAGCGCCUGCUGGGUCUCGAGCAGGCAUACUUCGACAUCAAGGAUCCGGACAUUACGAACCUUCUGACUGAGAAGAUCGAAGCAAUUCAGAUAGGAACAUCUGAAAAGGUUGGCAUCUUCAUUCAAUCAAUCAGUUACUUCGUCGCCGCCUUCGUCGUUGGGUUCAUCUUGAACGCCAAAUUGACCGGUAUCCUAUUCGCUGCUGUCAUACCUCUCAUGGCUUUGAUUGUCACUGUCGGCUCCUCCAGAAUUGCAAAAUAUACCAAAGCAGCCACCGAGUAUACUGAAGCCGCUGGAAGGAUUGCUGAAAGUGCUAUUCAUGCUGUCAAAGUUGUGCAGGCUUUUGGCAUGGCCGAAAAUCUUAGUAAAGAGCACUACCGUCUGCUUAAGCUGUCUGCAAGAUAUGCCAUCCGGAAGUCAGUCUCUGCUGCACUUAUGCUCGGCUUGGUCUACUUCACGGCUUACAGUGCCAAUGCGCUCGCUUUUUGGGAGGGCUCACGACUUGCUGCCGAAUCAGGCUCAAACAAUGCUGGUACCGUUUAUGCUGUGGUCUUUUUGAUCAUAGACGCAUCGUUCGUUGUUGGCCAAUUUGGACCGUUUCUUGGAAGUUUUGCCACUGCUGCAGCUGCCGGAGAAAGUAUCUAUGAAAUUUUGAACCACCCACAAUCGGAGAUCAACGUUUAUUCUGAGGCUGGGCAAGAAGCCACUGAAGACGAGAUGAAGGCUGACUUAGUCUUCCGCAACGUCACAUUUGUGUACCCUGCGAGAACCUCGGCUCGUGCGCUCGACGAAAUGAGUCUUACCCUUAAAGCUGGACAGAUGAACGCCAUCGUCGGUACCAGUGGUUGCGGCAAAAGCACCCUUGUGUCUUUACUCUUGAGACUGUACGACAUAUCAUCCGGUCAGUUAACGAUCGGAAUCCACGAUAUCAAGGACUUCAACGUGAGGAGUCUGAGGAAAUACACAGCACUGGUAGACCAAGACUCCGUGCUGUUCUCUGGUUCGGUUCUUGAAAAUAUCAGUUAUGGACUCGGUGAACAUUCACUAUCAGAAGAGGUCGUCUUGGAAAGAUGCACCGAGGCUGCGAAAGCUGCCAACUUGGAUUUUGUCGAUUUCUUACCACAAGGUAUCCACACACGUGUCGGCAAUGGUGGUUACACGAGUCUUUCUGGUGGUCAGAACCAGAGGAUCUGCUUGGCUAGAGCUCUGGUCAAGAAGCCUGCCCUACUUCUGCUCGAUGAGCCAACUGCAGCUCUUGAUGCGAAUAGUGAAGGACUCAUCAUGGACGCUGUCAGAAGCGUGGCUGCAGCAGGCACAACAGUGGUCAUGGUGGCACAUCGUCUUUCCACUGUGUCAGACUCGCCUAACAUCGUGCUCAUGGGCGCAGGCAAGGUCAUUGAGCAAGGUGACCACGACGAACUCAUCCAGUUGGAAGGCGCCUACUUCAACCUUAUCCAGGCACAACAACUUAACGACUCGGACGAGUCGUCAGCAGAGGUAUCUCAAGCAACCACUAGCCAAGUGACUCCACAAAAAGAAUCCAAGGCCGAAGAUUCGGCUGCUUCUAGUGACUCUGAGACAGUCUCCCCACAGGCGAAGAAGGAAGACAAGCCAGCAAAGAAGGCCGGAUUCUGGAAGCUGCUUCUAAGAUGUCUUCGUCUAGCCAAGUCUGACUCUCCCAUAAUCGCUCUAGGUCUUGCUGCGUCGAUUAUAUCAGGUGGCAUUAUCCUUGGCGAAGCCAUCGUCUUCGGUAACCUCAUCUCGGUGCUGAACGAUCUCGAAAGUCCAGACUUCCGAAGUAGAGCAGACUUCUUCUCGCUCAUGUUCUUCAUCCUAGCACUCAUUGCGCUUUUCUCAUACGCUGGCAACGGAUGCUGCUUCGGCAUCGUCUCUUCGCACUUUGUGGCUAAGGUCCAGCAUAUCUCUCUUGCAAGUAUCUUGAGACAAGAUAUGCAGUGGUUUUCAGGCCAGUCAGUGCCCUCGCUCAUGAGUAGUCUUAAUUCGGACGCUGGCCAGCUUGCUUGCUUGUCUGGAGUGGCUAUCGGCACCAUUUUUACAGUAUGUGUCUCCAUCACAGGCGGCAUCAUUCUUGCACACGUAGUUGCUUGGAAGAUUGCCGUUGUUCUGCUAGCCGCUGUUCCUGUCAUGAUCAUGGCUGGCUAUGUCAGACUACGUGUGCUCGCUCUUGCCGAGAGCAGACACAGAUCUGCAUAUAACGAUGCUGCUUCUAUUGCUGCCGAGGCUUGCAGAGGCAUUCGGACUAUCGCUUCUCUUGGCAGAGAGCGUGGAGUGUCUAGGGCAUUCAACGCAGCAGUCAAAGAGCCGUACGACAAGGGUAUCCGGUUCACCUUGAUAACCAAUACCUUGCUGGCGUUGAGUUUCUCCAUCACGUACUUUGUGUACGCCCUUGCUUACUGGUGGGGAGCUCGACAAGUAAGGAACGGGACGUAUAGCCAGCUGGACUUCUUCAUUGUUCUUCCUGCUCUUCUUUUCUCGGCGCAGAGUGCUGGACAAAUCUUCAGUCUGUCACCAGAAAUGUCACGAGCUGGAAUAGCUGCUCGAAACGUCUUCGGCCUUCAUGAUCAGAAACCGACCAUUGCGGAUGUUGACGCUAAGCAGCCUGGCCCACGGCCAAGCUCGACUCUGUCUAUUCCAACUCUGACAGAUAAGGCAGAUCCUUCGUCUGGAGGCUGGAUCGAGUUCAAGAACGUCAGUCUGUGCUACCCAUCCAAGCCUCAACAUCCAGCACUGCAGAAUAUCAACAUUUCUAUCAAACCAGGAGAGUUUAUUGCACUUGUCGGUCCUAGUGGUGCAGGCAAGUCCACUAUCCUCUCCCUUCUACAGCGCUUCUACGAUCCGACUGCUGGCAGUGUACAGCUAGACGGCCAGGAUAUCCGCGAGGUCGCCGUAUCACAACACAGAGGUCGAUUGGGGCUGGUACCUCAAGAACCAGAUCUCUUCCCUGGAUCCAUUUCCUAUAAUAUCGGCUUGGGGGCAGCACCAGGUCAGUCGGUGACACGAAAAGACAUCGAGGAGAUCUGCGCCAAGUGUGGAAUACACGAGUUCAUCAUGAGUCUGCCUGAAGGUUACAGCACAGAGUGCGGCACCAAUGGUUCGAAACUUUCUGGAGGCCAGAAGCAACGUAUUGCUGUAGCCAGAGCAUUGAUCCGGUCACCGGAAGUGCUUCUUCUGGACGAGUAUACCUCUGCUCUGGACGCGCACUCUGAGCAACAGAUCAAGGAAGCUGUCGACGGGGCAAGUGUAGGUAGGACUACGAUUGUGGUUGCACAUCGAUUGUCCACGGUGCAGAACGCGGAUAGAAUCUUUGUGUUUGAUGAUGGACGUGUUGUGGAGGUCGGGAGUCAUGCUGAGCUUGUUGCUCAAGGGGGUUUGUAUGCAGGCAUGGUGCUGGCGCAGACACUCACAUGA